ACGGUACACAAGUGCGAGCGGAUAAAUGCAAAGCCAGCGAGCGCCAAUGGAAAAUCGAAACGAUAAACGAUGAAAUAAAAACAAACAAAUAGUCAAAUAAAAAAACAUGCUUUUUAAUUAAAAUUCACAAAAAAAAAGAUUUCUAAAAAAAGAAACAAAAUAAGUGGCAACAAAGUAAUUAAAGUGAAAUAAGUCAAGGAAAUAUUCCCAAGCAAAACAAAUUAAAUUCAAUUCAAUCUCCCCCAAACUUAAUAUCGGUCUUGUAACUCAAUUCCCGUUGAGGCCUCGAGUGUUACUUUUUUAAUUGAUUUCCAUGUAAUUGUAUCCCUAAUUGCCUCUUACGGCCAUGGUCAAGUGUAGAACGCAACGGAACGUGCAGCCAAAGAAAAUGUAUCAAUUUUCGAAAUUGUGAUCGGGCAAAAUGUAUCCUGAGAAGUUUACAAUACCUUUUUGAGGAACAACCAGAAACCAACCAACAAAAGGGAACCCCGCUAAAAAUAGAAACAACCUUUUAUGUGGCGGCAAGACGUUUUAACACCCGAAAAUACUUAAAAGGGAAAUACAACAUUCUUUUGUUGCCAUUCAACAAGAACAACAAAUACAACAACAAGAAUCUGGCAUCUAUCCUUUAGCACUAACCUGCUGUGAGAGAUGGUGAAAAGAAAAACUAAAUUCCAUUAAACUCUGUUCUAGCAAAUGUGCCCCGCGCCCCUACGUAGGUUCUCAACAACAAAUAGAAAACGCACCCGCACACACACACACAUCUCAACAAUAGAUUCCCAGCAGAGCCAAGACAGUUCAACGAUAAGAAAAAGAAAACGCUGUCAAUAGCAUCCAUUUGCCAAAAUAAAAGCUGAGAAAAAGAAACACAACAACAACUACAACAUUCAACAACAAAAGCAUUCAGUCGGUAGUUGAAGUAGAUAACAAAGGAGCACAAAAAAUGAGGUUAUUACCACAAAGCAAUGACAAAAGCUGGCCAAAAUAUAUACUAAGUAAUACUUGAGGAGGGCAGUGGAACAGACGAGGACGACGACCACAACUAACAGCCAACCAAGCAACCAACCAACCAACAUCAUUAUCGCCAACACCACAACCACCAUCAUCACUAUUAGUAUUACAACUAGAAAAACCAAAGAGCCAAGGAAGGGCAAGGAAAAAACGAAGUAUUUGCACCUCGAAUGUUGGAAUAUUUAUUUUUUUUGCUAGAAUAACUUAAGCAUAUAUUACAUAGCAACAAAAAUAAUAACAAGAGAAGCAGGAGCAGAUAAAAUACAACAGUAACCAUGAAUUUAUAUUUAAGUAUAUUACUAAUGAGCUUACUACCCCACUUGAGUUUGCAGCAACAACAACAGGAAUUGAAAGAUGAGCAACAAGGACUUACUAAUGAUAAUUCACCUCCCUCCCUAAUGUUGCCACAAAAACGCACCGGACUGGACCAACGUCCGACAAACAACCGAAAUGAUAACAAGGAUACAAAUGAUAUAACCAAAUGGUCUGACGUUGCCAACAUGGCUGGCGAUUCGGAUUCCAAUCAAGCUCAAGCAUCAAAUCUUGAAAAGCAUUUGAAACCCACGCUACAACUUUACGAAUGGGAUCAGAAUGAGUGGAUGCGCCGUUACAAUGCCAGCUUCAUUGCUGCCAUGAAUAGCUUCAAUCUCUCGAACACAAAUGACUCGUUAGACUAUGGCGAUGACGACUCGUGCGGCUCGCCCCAGAAUGCCGUCAUUAAAUUAAUAACUAUGAUUCUCUAUUCGCUAGUCUGUAUUGUAGGCUUAUUUGGCAACACUCUGGUGAUAUAUGUAGUCUUGAGGUUUUCCAAAAUGCAAACCGUCACAAACAUAUACAUACUCAACUUGGCCAUUGCGGAUGAGUGCUUCCUCAUCGGCAUACCCUUCCUGCUGUACACCAUGCACAACAACAGCUGGCAGUUUGGUGAGUACGCCUGCAAGGCCUACAUGGUGAGUACGUCGAUAACCCAGUUUACGUCAUCAAUUUUCUUGCUCAUCAUGUCGGCCGACCGCUACAUUGCGGUCUGCCAUCCCAUAUCGUCGCCGCGCUAUAGAACUCCGACAGUGUCGAAAAUCGUGUCUGGCAUUGCCUGGCUGACGUCGGCCCUGCUGAUGCUGCCCGUCAUUCUGUUUGCCAACACGGUGACGAACGGCAAGCACACGUCGUGCAAUAUCAAAUGGCCGGAAGCCCAGAAUACCCAAUCGGGUACCACAUUUAUACUGUACUCACUGGCCCUGGGCUUUGCCACCCCGCUGACAUUCAUUUUGGGCUUCUACUGCUUGGUCAUACGGAAGUUGCACACAGUUGGUCCCAAGCACAAGUCCAAAGAGAAGAAGCGGUCCCAUCGCAAGGUGACAAAGCUGGUACUGACAGUGAUUACCGUAUAUAUCCUGUGUUGGCUACCCUAUUGGAUAUCCCAGGUGGCCUUGAUAACCUCGACACCGGGCAAAUGCGUCUCACGUCUGGAGAUAACCAUCUUUCUGUUGGCCAGCUGUCUGGUCUACUCGAACUCGGCCAUGAAUCCCAUACUCUAUGCCUUUCUGUCGGACAACUUUAAGAAGUCAUUUAUGAAGGCAUGCACCUGUGCGGCCCGCAAGGAUGUCAAUGCCCAGCUUCAGCUGGAGAAUAGCAUGUUUCCGCGUUUCAGUAAAUCGAAAAAUGCCGAAAAGCUUUUGGCCCCUAAUAAGGCGAAGCAGAGGGCUUCAUUUCGCCAAAGGGCUGGCAUGAAUUCGACAACAGCCACCACCACCACAGGUCACACGAAUGUGACAACCCUGGAGGCGAAUAGUUCGGUGGUGCCGUGCCAACAACAGUUGGCCAAUAAUAAUUUCCUGGCACCACCCAAACUAGGCUCGUCGUGUAACUCUCAGAAUUCAAAUCUCUUAAUGCCAGGGCCUAGUAGUGUUUGUACUGAAAACUCCAACCUUGAUAAUCUCUCGGAAUGUUCGGAGGGGGCUGUUGACAAGCCUCCAGUGUUACACACCGACUUAUAAGAAAGGCGUAAGACUAGAGUUCGGGAAUGUAUUGUUUUAUUGCAGUCGAAUAAUGUUCUAUAGCAUAGGCUGGGGCAUCAGCAUCAUCAGAAUUCACAUCAUCAGCAUCAGUAUCAUCACCACCAUCAUCCAUAUCAUCAGCAUCACAUGGUAGUAGCUGUAGGCUUAGAUAGUGUCCUAGAAACUGAGGAAUAGUUGUAAGUUCAAAGAUCAAAUUAAUUUAUAAAAUUGGGUUCAAAACCUCAACACUUUUUUGUUUAGAAAAAAAAAAAACGUGCUAGUCUUAUUGCCAAAAAAUAAUAGUUUUGUAAGUUUGGAGAAACAAAUUUUCUAUAUUAUCUGAAAAUUGUAUAGUUUUUUUUCUGGUAAGUUUAGAUGUUGAUAUUAUUAGAAAGGAGAAAAACUUUGUAAAUUUAAGGAUUUUAUUAGUGUUUUUAUUUUUGUAAUUGAUAAGUAUUGGGGGAGAUUGUUUUUAUUUUAACAAGGAAAACCAAUUAGAAGUACGAUUUUCUUGGAUUUUAACCAAUUGAUAAUAAAGCCAGCCUUGCGUUGUGUAAUAUUGAACCAGUGGUAUUUUUUAAUAGGUGAGAAGCGUCUCUUGGGAGUAUAGUUUAUGCAAAUGGAAGAAUUUUUAAUUCAGAAUUGUCUUAAGUAUAUGAAUAUAUCCCUGAAAGAGAUAGGUAUUUCUCAGAGGAUCAUAGAGGAUCUUUAAUUUUUAGUUCAAAUUUGGAACGAUAAAAUAGAACCUAUUUUUUUAUCAGCGUAUAAUGACUUCAUUAAGAAAUGGUAUAUAUAACAGAAAUAAAGUUUUAUAUGGAAGUAUUUAGGAAAAUUUAAGAAUUUCAACAAUUUAAAAACUUUAAGGACUUAAAUAUUUUCGUUCUUACAGAGAGAAAAGUCAUUACAAAGGAUACGUUUUUUUGGAGAAAUACCUCUUAAUUUUUUUUAUGAUAGAUUUAUAGAAAAAAUAUUUGACAGAGAAGGCAAUUUUAAGAAUCCGCCUCCGGUGUGGUCGUAUUAAAUUGUCUUUGGAUUGAAUUAAAAAAUCGUUUUGAGAGACAAAUUUACCUACCUGAGUUUUCACAAUUUUUUGCAUGAAAUUCGUCCUAAUAGAACUAUUUGGCCCACAAAGUACAGAAACAGAAAAGUGGUUUAAAUUUCAGAAAUAUAUAGGGUCCUCAAAAAAAAAAAAAAAAAAAUAAUAAUAAUAGUAAAUAAAAAAAUAAAAAACAUUUCAGGUAUUAAAAAGCUGGCAUUCACGUUCAUUGCUCCGAAAGUAGGAGCGCUCGUUGAUGACGAGCUUACUCUCCACUCUUUUAUUUGGGAUUGUUGACGAGUACUUUAAAAAUGAUUGAAAUUAAGUUAUAGUUUAUUUUAAGUUUGGAAUAGAGCGGAAAAAGUUAUUCUGUUCACUGAAACGUAUAAAAUAAGAAAAGCAACCACACUAUCCAUAUGCCUCUACCAAGAUUGGCAACAAUGAAAUUUUGUUUUUGUAUCUGUUGCAGUUUUAGGUUGAACAAAUCCACACUUUUUCAAAUAUAAUAACGGUAUGACAAAACCCAAAAUUUUUUUCGAUUUCGAGCUCAAUUCUAUCCUGUUCAAAAUCGAGCGUAGCAACCUCGUUCAUAUUCGAAUGACGUAGACUGGAUUUUCCUUUUCACUCUCAGAAGUUACACUCUUGACUAGAAUUUGAGCAUUUUUUUUAAUAUGAAACUUUUUUUUCUUCUGCACUCUCAGGAACUACACUCUUGACUAGAAUUCGAACAUUUUUUAAUGUGAAAAUCUGAAACUCUCUGAGAAUCUGGCUUUGUAGAGGAAUUUUUCAAUGUGAAACUGGAUUUUUUUCACUCUCACGAAAUAAUCUCACAAUACCUCGAAAUAUUCAUUGGAGGCUCCAUAUAGUACAUAUAUUCGUAAUCAUUUUAAAACUAUUAAUUGAUAUGAUAAUAUGACCAUCCUUCUGUCAAGAGAAGUGAAAUUGGCAUAGAAGUUUUUAUUACUUCCAAGGUAUUAAGUUAUAUCGGUCCCUAGUUGGGUAUAACACCAUAUACAGUUGCCUUCUAAUUUUCGGUAUUUCAAGGAGUUUGGUCACAGUUUCCAACCAAAUUAUCUAUAAUUUUGGGAUUCUCAUUGGCCUGUUUAACAUUUAGAAUUUAUUUAUUUUUCAGAAUUGUUUGUACAAUUUUUUUUGGAAAAGUUAGUUUUUGGACAUUAAACUAUGCCAUCUCCCGGAGCCUCAAGACUUCAUAAUUGCAUUCUUGGGAUUGCCAGAUUUGUCAUAUUUUCUAUCCGUUUUGCAUGUCUUGAUGUAAAAAUUACAAAUUAAGGAAUGUCUCUGCAUAUUUGGUUCAUGGUGGAAUAAGCUGAAAUUGUGUUCGUAUCUGAAAAAAAUACUCAUUUUCACAGGUAUUAAUACACCGGCCAUAAACCACCAAGUUUUAGAGAUUCAAGGGCAAUCUAUUUGGGUCAUUGUGUAAGUUUCAAUAUUUUUUUGGCUAUUUUGUUAAGAAAGCGAACUUAUUUAGACAAGAAAAGGGUUUAACGAACUCUCGAUAUUAACUGAAUUUUUUCCCCUACUUCAAAAAAGGACCAACUGCCGAAAAGAAAAGUUUUAAUUAAUUAAAUAAUUUUUUAAUAAUAUUUAACUUUCAUUUCAGAAAAUUUUUUGGUUGUAGGUCCAAAUAUUUAGUAAAUAUUUUCUUUUGCUUUUCUAAGUUCUCGAUCUUCUCAAAAUAUAAUAAUUAUCGAAUUUAACAAAUAAUACCAACUUCCGAACAAAAUCAUAAUUUCAAUGUACAAUGAUUUAUAGAAUCGACAAAAUGGAUCAAUAUUAUAUAAAAAUAGGGAAAUAAAUAAUAAAAAAUAAGAAAAACACAAAAAUAAAAUAUAAAAUAAAAAAAAAUUAUAGUUUUUUGGGAUACAAUAGUCAAUAUAUUUUCUUCAACUGAUGAAAAGAUCUUUGGGAAGUUUUGUCAUUUAAAGUAACCCCCUUUGACCAUCAUUCGGAGCUUUUAAAAAAGUACUGUUAUUUUUAAAGGCCACACUUUUGAUUAAAAGUCUGCAAUUGUUCAAAACUGUCCUCCAAAAUUUUAUUGGGGUUUCCAGGACAUAUCUAAAGUUGAAGGACACAGAAAAAAAAAUAU